AUGACACAGUAUUGGACUCCUCAUUGUGAAGACGAAAUCAGACCAGCAGUAGACAUGAUUUUUAAAACAUUGGAUGCUGGUAUUGAAUUCUGCACUCAUUAUGCUGCGAAAGUCGGGUUUGACACGAGGUCUAGUUCCGUCAUUACAGCACGUGACGGGACAAAAACUCAAAAGCAAAUCGUUUGCAACAGAGAAGGAUUUAAGAAUACAGGAGCUCAACAUUGUCACUCGCAGUCAAGUGCAGAUGCAGGGGAAGGUCCUUCCCGUCCAAAGCGGCGAAGGGUUUCAAACAGAACUGGUUGCAGAGCCAGGAUUAUGUUUAAGUACAUUGGAGCAGCUGGGUACCAAGUUACCACUUUUAUUGAAAAACAUAAUCACAACAUGUCUUCGGUUCUGGCAAGGCAGUUUCUAAAGGGAAAUAGAAACAUAUCCAGUGUUCACCAGAAGUUUAUACUCGACUGCGCUAAAACAAAUAUUGGAGCAUCAAAAUCACACGGUUUAAACAGUCAUAUUGUGGGGGAUUACUCUGAAGUCGGAGCAACUGUAGUGGACUUUAAAAAUGUCAGAAGGGAUCUCAGAGCAUACAUAUUGGGAGCUGAUGCACAAAUACUGGUGCAUAAUCUUAUUAAGAAACAAGAGAUGUGCCCUGCAUUUGCUUUUGACUACGAGGUUGAUGAAGAUGAGCAGAUGAGCAGACUGUUUUGGGCAGAUCCAAUGUCAAAAAAGAAUUUUGCUGCAUUUGGAGAUGUUGUCUCUUUUGAUGCCACGUACUCAACAAAUAGGUACGAUCUGGCAAUGGGUAUGGAACCAAGAAUAAUUGUCACCGAUCAAGAUCCAGCUAUGAAAGUGGCGAUUCCAACAUUUUUCAAGCAAGCCAGGCAUCGUUAUUGCAUGUGGCACAUCAUGUGUAAAGUUGGGGAAAAAGUGGGUCCUACGCUGAACAAGGAUGAGGAAUUCAGGAACAAACUGAACUCAAUCGUUUGGACGUCAUCUUUGGAACCUCCUGAUUUUGAGAAGCAGUGGAGAGAGCUCAUGGAAAAGUACAACUUAGUCGAACACAACUAG